CUGCGUAGGACGCGCAAUGAAAAGUGCAUUCUACGUAUUUCCCGCUUGGAGGCGUGCCACACGUUGUCUUGCGUCGCAACAGUGCCCCCCCUUGGCCACAUGGAGCACUGCAAGAGGUCGGCGUCCCUGUGUGCGCGUGCAGCGCGCGUGCUCGGCUUAUCGUCACCCUCCUCCUCCUCAUCAUCAUCAUCAUCAUCAUCAGGAGGAGGGAACUCCUCCCCAGCAGCAGACAGCGCGCUCUGUCGCGUCUCGGCGCAAUAUGGUGUCCUGGAUCGUCUCCAGACUUGUGGUAUGGAGUAUGAUGACGCGCCAUUACACAGCACAGGCCGGUCCAAGCCUCCCCAAAAGAAGCCAAUUCAAUUUCCACGAGUCUUCGUUCACGAUGGAGGCCUCAACGAGCAGCGCAGUCAGCGCACAAAACGGCGAUCCCCGACAAAUGCAUUCUAUUUGUGCUUGAGUGCAAGUGGACUGGUGUUCGGUACGCUAUAUCCUGCCUACUCCUCAUAUAAAGCCGUCAAGUCCAAAGAUGUAAAAGAAUAUGUGAAAUGGAUGAUGUACUGGAUAAUAUUUGCCCUAUUUACAUCUGUGGAAGUAUUCACAGAUAUGUUUCUUUGCUGGCUUCCUUUCUACUAUGAACUGAAGAUAGCCUUUGUGGUGUGGUUAUUGUCGCCUUACACUAAAGGCUCCAGUGUGCUCUACAGGAAGUUUGUCCAUCCCACUCUUUCUUCGAAAGAAAAGGAUAUUGAUGACUACAUCUGCCAAGCCAAGGACAAAAGCUACGACACGCUGGUGCAUUAUGGGAGAAAAGGGCUGAAUGUGGCCGCCACCGCUGCAGUCAUGGCUGCAACAAAGGGCCAAGGAGUUCUGACAGACAGGUUGAGGAGUUUCAGCAUGCAAGAUCUGGCGGCGUACGAGUCGGACACGGCCAGCUCCACGCAGCCAACGAGCGCGGAAGCCGCAGCUCAGCACCGGGCCCGCACCAUGAUGCGGAGCAAGUCUGAGAGCUACAACAAAGAUUUUGACAUGACUGAUUAUGAGGUGUUGGCAUUAGACCGAAAGGAGCCAGAGGAGUCGCUGACACCUGAUCCCUCACCACCCUCAACGCCUUCUCCCAUUCCUCCAGCUCUGGAGGAGCUAGAUGAGGGAGCGAAGGGUGCGCGGGGGGCUCCAAUCGUGCCUCAGCUCGGGCUCGUGAAAAGAAAAGCUCCCGAGCCUCCUCUUAGAGUCUUAAGGCCUCUCACGAGAUCCAGGAGCGCUGUGUUCAAACACUGAAGCCAUGUGAGCGCGUGGGCAGUGCACAUUGACGCCUCCAGCCGCCUCCAGCCUGCUGCAACACGUAAUUUUAAUAAAAGGAACCUUACGUGACUGAAGCGGCACUGCUUUGGAAUUCGGUAUUACCAAAGUGACCUGUGAUGACCUGUCUAUAUGAUGAUAUACGGUAUGAUACAGCAAGGACAACAAGUGAGCUCCAUGCUGAUCAGAUACUAGGGAUUAAUUAUAUGUACAGAGUGUGUAUUUUUUUUUGUUUCUGUCACGUUUGGUGGGGCACUUGCAUGUGUGUCUGGCCAUGCAUUAUUAAUUGUGCUACAGGAUAUACUGCAGCUCCUCGCUUGUCAUCAAUAAGUGGAAGUGGCCACGGGUCAAAUGCAUGGCUGCUGUGGUGUACGUUAUGUGGAAAAAUGUGAUAAGAAUCCUAAAAACAACAUCUUGUCAUGAAAAAGUCAAGCAGCAGUGGCUGAAUUAUUUACCUCUAUUAAAGCCUUAACGAAAGAGACAUGAGACAAGUAUACAAGUAUGCGAUAGAGUAGUCAGAGGGCCACAAGUAUUUGGACAUCCAUCCAUUUUCUGAGCCGCUUCUCCUCACGAGGGUCGCGGGCGUGCUGCAGCCUAUCGCAGCUAUCAACGGGCAGGAGGCGGGGUACACCCUGAACCGCUUGCCAGCCAAUCGCAGGGCACAUACCAACAGACAACCAUUCGCACUUACGGGCGUCAGUAAGACAUUCCCAAAUACUGUUUUUGGAAUUUACCAUUUAGGUAUUACAGCCAUUCUAUGGGGUACUCCAGGAUCUUUGGGAGAAAAAAAGACGGCGACUGUCCUAAUACCUCUGAACCAAACUAUUUCUAACUGUUGUGUUCACAUUCAUUCAUUUUGCACUAUGUAAUGAAUAUCAAUCACUGCCCUCAAUUCUAGAAAUUGACCCAAUGAAGCAGGUGCAUCUCAAUAAGUUAGUGGCAAAAAAAUGGUUUCAGUUCUGGAAACAUGUCAGUAGUUCUGACCCAAAAAGUGGGUUGUCAAGCUGCCACGGUAGUCACCAUACACUUAUUUUCUUUCGCUUUUGUUUCAGUUAUCAAUUGGCAGACAUCAGGCCAUUAGCAUUGACAGGGUCUGCAAUUUUUUAAGCGUCUUUCCCUUGUUCAUGGCUUGCCAAUCGACAUUGUAGUAGUGUUGCAAAAUUGCCGAACGGCAAGAGGUUCUUUUUGUCUCCGACUGCAAUUUUGAGAAGCUUUAUGUUUGUCACACUGCUCCAACAAUUGACACUAUCCAUGGCAAGUUUCUCAAAACAAGAUCUGUUCUUGACGAAGCGAGCUGCGGAAGACCCGCUACGACCCACCACUGAUGAAUACAACGAACUCUUAGAGCAGGCAUUCAUGCAAAGCCAGAGAAAGUCGAUCUGGAGGGCUGCAACCGGUACUCAGCAUCAACAAAAGCUCGAUUCAGCGGAUGCAUCAGAGACCGAUAAAGCUCUACCUGUACCGACUUCAGGUUGUUGAGCAUAAUCUGCUGCUUUAAGAACGCUGUGCCAAUGUUAUUGGCGAACCUUUGGCAAGGAACCGCAAAGCCUAAUGCCAAAUGCAUCAUGUCUGCUCGAAUGAUACCUGAAACUAAAUAGAAAAAAAAGCAUAUUGUGACACCCUAUAUUAUACACAUUUAUUCCACAAUAUUUCACUGAUUAUUACCUUUAACAAAAUCCCAAAUUCACCAUCUCAACAAUCAAAAUAGUUUUGAUACAGAAAUUAGAUACUGAAAACUAUUUUCCUGUGUUAAAUAAAUCGAUAUGACCACUGAACUCAAUGUACUUAUCGAUGAUGUUAUUCCUUGAGAUGCACGAGUAUAUUAUCAGUAUACCAUUAUCUUGUGCGGUGAGCAUCACAGUUUUAAUAGGUCACUUUCACAGAAGACCGAAUGAUUUUGACAAUCUACUGCAACCUUUUUUUUUUUUUGGGGGGGGGGGGGUCAUUUAUUUGCCCAUAUAAUGCAAAUCAAAAUAUCACUGAAGUUGUAGCAUUACAUUGUAUUUUCUAUUUUAAAUCACUGUUCUAUUAUUUUCUGAGCAUCUCUACUGUGGAAUUCUUGGAAGAUUUUGCAGAUUCCUAAUCUCAGCAUACUGUAUGUGUGCUUCUGUGUUUUUCGAGGGCCCGCUUACGGCAUACUUCAUUAGUACUCCACACACACACACAACUGACAUCCACACAUAUUGAAAAUAGACGGUAUAUUUAAACGCUUUUAUACAUUAUACUGGCAUGCUCUCAUAUACUGUAAUAUACAUUUCAGUAUAGUGCGAGAGCAUUUCAGUCGUGUAAGAGGUAAUCUUGAAUGAUGUCCGUAACGGCCACACAUAGUGUUUGUCUUCACUUUCUGAACAUGAUGUUACUGAGCCUUGGCAACAUUUGAGUGUCUGUCAGUUGAUGGUUGGACCCGCACAGUAGUAAUGUUCUUGUCAUCACUGCAUUUUCAAUGCUGAAACAAUAGCUUCUCAGGUACAAUAAUAGUCUUGUUUACACGCCGUUCACUAGGAUGUUGUAAAUACACUCGUCAUUCACGGUCAAAAAGGUCACCGUUGCAUAAUUAUGAAUCUGGAGCGGGGGUGGUAUACCUACAUACCGAAUACAGCCAACUAGUAGAGCAUUUCAUCCAGCCCGCCACAUGAUUUGAAAAAACAAAACCUCAGAGGAGCUGUUAAAAACAGUUCAACAUAUUUAACCCACAAAUUUUGAUCGUGUUAUCAUAUUUGUUCAAAUGCCGCACGUCUCUAGGAAGACUUCAUAAAACCUGAAAUGACCACCGGCAAGAAAAAGGUUCCCCGGCCCUGCUUUCGAUCAAAUUCUUCAGUGAAUUAAUGCGGAUUAAUCUGUAGAUUAUUAAAUGCUUCCACUUUGCAGGGUUAUCUUAAAAGUUUCGGUUCUGGCAGGCCAGAAUGACAAAACAAGUGACUUCAAAUGGAUGUGCGCUACAUGUAAAAGUAGCAGCAGUGAUGUGAUGACAUUUAUUGGUGGUAAAAAUCACUUUACAACCAUUAAACAUGAAGCAAAUGG